AUGAAGUUAAUUGUAGUGAUUUCGUUAGCCAUUGGCCUGGUGUACCACGUGAGCGGUGGCGCGAUUCCCAUUUCGGAUGUAGAAGCUCAAGAACAAGAGGUGUUCCAAUAUUUGGAGGAUAUUGAGACGGAAAUCCUGUCUCGUCGAAACGCCGCCAGCGAGGCAAACUGGGCCUACGACUCGAACAUAACGGACGAAAACUUAGUUGUAAAGAAUGAAGUAGCAACCGAGAAUGCUGCUUUCUUUAAGCAAAUCUCGGAAACGCUUUCCCAGUAUGAUUACGAAAGCUUCCAGGAUGAAGAUCUGAAGCGAAGGGUGAAAAGGCUCGUCGGGUUGGUUUAUUCGGCAUUGCCAGUAGACAAGUUUGCGGAAAUAUUGAAUGCGGUCAAUAACAUGAAAGAAAACUACGCAAAAAUAAAGGUGUGUGACUACCACGACCGCAACAAGUGCGAUUUGGCCCUGGAACCGGAGUUGACGGAGAUUCUUGCCAACAGUAGGGAUGCUGAAGAGCUCAAAUACUACUGGCAACAAUGGUACGAUGCGGCUGGAGCUCCAACCAGAGAGGAUUUCCAGAAAUAUGUGGAUCUGAACGGAGAGGCUGCUAAAUUGAACAAUUAUGCGACCGGAGCCGAAUCUUGGUUGGCGGCUUACGAAGACGACACCUUCGAAGAGCAGGUUGAUGCUGUUAUCGAAGAACUCCGUCCAUUCUAUGAGCAGAUCCAUGGCUUUGUUCGCUACAAGUUGCGCGAGUUCUAUGGUGAGGAUGUUGUAUCCGAAAAGGGACCCAUUCCCAUGCAGCUUCUCGGUAACAUGUGGGCGCAGGGAUGGGGAAACAUUGCAGACAUCACCAGCCCAUUCGGUGACCGGCAGUUGUUGGAUGUAACGGAAGAAAUGCUCCGCCAAGGAUACAACCCGAUACAAAUGUUCGAAAUGGGAGACGAAUUCUUCCAGUCGUUGAACAUGUCCAAGGUUUCACAAACCUUCUGGGACAAGAGCAUCCUCGAGAAGCCGGACGAUGGUCGUGAUCUUAUUUGUCAUGCCAGUGCAUGGGACUUUUCGAAACCAGACGACGUACGCAUCAAGCAGUGCACUCGCAUCAACAUGGAGGACUUCUUCACGGUGCACCAUGAGCUGGGUCACAUUCAGUACUAUCUUCAGUAUCAACACCUCCCGAGUGUGUACCGUUCGGGAGCUAACCCUGGAUUCCAUGAGGCCGUCGGUGAUGUGCUCUCGCUAUCGGUCUCAACGCCUAAACACUUGGAGAAGAUUGGUCUGCUGAAGGACUUCGUGCUGGAUGAAGAGUCCAAGCUGAACCAGUUCUAUCGUUCAGCGUUGGACAAGUUGACGUUCUUGCCAUUUGCCUACACCAUCGAUAAGUACCGUUGGGGAAUCUUCCGUGGUGAAAUCAAGCCCGAGGAAUACAACUGCAAGUUCUGGGAGAUGCGCUCGAAGUACUCCGGCGUAGAACCACCAGUAGUUCGCUCGGAAGCCGAUUUAGACGCACCGGCCAAGUACCACGUGUCGGCCGAUGUGGAGUAUCUUCGCUAUUUUGUCUCGUACAUCAUUCAGUUCCAGUUCCAUCGAGCUGCUUGCGAGAAGGCCGGAGAGUACGUGAAGGGAGAUCCGGUGAAGACAUUGAACGACUGCGACAUCUAUCAGAGUGCUGAAGCGGGUAAUGCUAUUAAGGCGAUGCUGGAGCUAGGUUCGUCGAAGCCUUGGCCAGAUGCAAUGGAGGUCUUGACCGGAGAGCGUCGCAUGAGUGCCGAUGCACUGAUCGAAUACUUCCAACCUCUGUAUGAUUGGUUGGUGGUUGAAAAUGAACGACUAGGAGCAUACGUUGGAUGGGAACAAACAGAUAAAUGCAUCUCAGACUAA